CAUUCAGAGCUGCUGACCACGUCUUUCAAGCUAGCAGAGCCGUCCAGCCUUGUAGUCAUACCGUAGUUGCUCUCUCGACGAACCCCCCUUGGCAUGCCGCCGUCGGUAGAGGCUGCCCCGCUGCAACCCAGCCAGCUGCGCGUCUGCUGCUGAGCAGUCUUGCCAAGAAUACGCCUUUGAAGCUGGCUUUAGCUGCUCCAGCGGAGGAAAAAGGGCAGCCAUGGCGAGCAGCGAUUGGGCCUCCGAACUGCUGGGCCACGCCUUGAUCCUGGGGACACCCGUGGCGUUUUGCUAUGCUGGCUCCUACAUCAGCGGGCUCUACAACCGUAUGGAGCAGGAGCUUGUACAAACGUUUACAAAGGCACAAUUGGGGUCAUGGGAGGCGUCUGCAAAGCCGGGGCCGGCCCUGGAGGCCGAGCGCGGCGCAUGCAGCUCGGGGCAGCAGGCGCCUGCGGUCCAGCCGUCGGCUCCCGCCAUGCUGCAGUACAACAAUGCGACCUAUUCACGCCAGAGCUUCAGCGCUAUGAGCGUGUGCACCGACUGCGACGUUGACUCGGACUGCGACGAAGACGACCUCGAUUUCUGCUUGGUAACGCCGCAGCAGGCCGUGGGUGCGCUGGGCUCGCACGCACCGCACUACACCAAAGUUUUCCUGAACGGGCUGCCACUCAUGGCGGACGCCACAGACCCCGGCGCGACGCUCUCGGUGGACGAGUGCGCUCGCCGCAUCAAGCUGGCGUCCGACAGCCAGCGCUCCCGCACCGGCGCCAGUUCUUGCUCUCGCGCUACCUCACUGCCCAGCAGUCCCUGCCUCACGCCCGUAGCCGGCCUGGAGCUCGAGACAGCCGACUUCCUGGAGCUGCCGGCGCCCGGGCAGCCGCCCGUGCUGCGCCGCCUCCACAGCCACACGCCGCCGCUGCAGCGCAGCCGCAGCGGCAGCCGCCUCAUGCAGCGAGGCUCCCAGGACCUACUGCAGGCACAGGAGGGACAGCAGCAGCAGCAGCAGCAGCAGGCGGAGGAGGCGGGGGUGCCGGCGGCGGACCCGCGCCGCCCCAGCGGCAACGGCAGCUACUACCGCAGCGGCGUCUGCAGUAGCGCCGUAUCCUUCCGCAGCACCGCCUCCUCCCUACACACGGUGUACAGCACUAGCAGCGUGUUCACCUGCCCCUCCCAGCGCAGCAGCAUUGAUAUGCCCCAGGAGACUGCAGCAGCUGCUACUGCCGCCCGCAGGGGCGAGCAGCAGCUGCAGUCGCAGGACGACACCGAAGGUCCGCGGCAGCACGCGGCACCGCAGGUGUCCUGCCCGGUUCCUGGCGGCGUUGCGCCGAUCGUCGUCACGCCCUUCGCGGCGCUGGCUUCAGCGCCGCUCAGCUGCCCGGGCGCGAGCAGCGCCGCCGCCGACUGUGGCAUCCCCUCCGCAAGCGCAGCCCGCGCAGCCUGCGAACGCCGCCGCAGCAUCAGCGAGUGCGGCGGCACGGCGCUGUCCUUCCAGGGCGCCGACACACAGCACCGCGUGCGCGACACGGACGGCGGCGCCGGCGCCGGCUCCGUCCACCCGGACGUGGACGACCUGUGCAGGUGCCUGGACAGCCCGCUCGCGGCCUCCACCCGCAGCGCCUGCGAGCUGGAGCUCCGCCACACGGCCUCUACUUCGCCCUACAGUAGUAGCGGCAGUAGCGACAGCAGCAACAGCUCGCCUGCCGCCGUGGACUGCGACUCGCCCAGCCGGUUCAAGUCGUCGUGCGGCGCCGGCGACAUCAACCGCGCUGUCGCCCAAGGUGCUGCCGCGCCCCGCCCCUGCGCGCGCACCGACCAGCAGCCGCAGGCGUCCAAGCGGCGCUGGCUGCCCUCCGGCGCUUGCCAUGUGCCGCCGCUGCCGGUGCCGCCGCGGCCACAGCAGCACGGCCCGGCGAGCAGGUCCGGCGCCGCGUCGCACUCCCUCCACCACAUCAACCUCAGCGCCAGUGUUGACAACCUGUCAAUGUCGGCACUUCGCCACGCGCGCUCCUCGCCCUCCGCCGCGCUACCUCCGCUGCCGCCCAAGUCCCCCGCCGUGCGCCACGGCUCCGAGCCGGUGCCCCCUCGCGCGCCGGCGCGUGCGCCCUGCACGCCCGCGGUGGCUGCGGCCGCCGCUGCCGCCACCGCGCCAGCCGGUCUUAGUAAGGCGCCUGCGCUGCCGCUGCCGCCGGACGCCUCGGCGGCGUGUGCCGCGACGGAGGCGGCGGUGCCGCCCGCCCUUCGCUACUACCUUCGCCAGGCGCGCGCCGCAGGCGUCAACGUGGAUGGGAACGCAGCUGCCGGGGGCUCGUCGGUCAGCUCGUCUCUGGACCUUUCAGCUGACUUCAGCGGCGCCUCGGCCAAGUGCUGCGGCCGGCCAGCUGGUUAUGUCAAGGCGACGGCGCGGGAGUACGCGUUGCGGCAGGCAAAGGUGAUCACGUGCCUCAUCACGCCCUUCCCCUCGCCGCGCCAGCAGCUGCGCAAGGCCAAGUCGCCGCCGCAGGCCAAGUAAACUACACCUGUGUGGACUGUUUGUUUUGCGGGCGGCGGUGCCCGGGAAACGUGGAAUUGUCGUGAUACGGAUUGGUUUGGCGGGCGUGGCGAGCGGAAGAGCGCGGGAUCUGCGCGCAAUUGCUUACUUGCGGUGAUGUGUGUACACGUGGGGUACGUAGUUGAUGCACAAUGUGUCAGUAGUGCGUUGGUGCCUCUGGUAGUUGCUGGCGCCUCUUCAUCAGAUUGAGUAGGGUUACUUCGUUGCCUGACAUUCCGGCUUCAAUUUGCGUCCAGCAUUGGGCCCAAGGCAUGCAGAAAUUUUAAUCCGUGUCCGGUGAUGUGCGUGGGUGUGGUGAUACGUUCGUAGGCUGCUGAUAGGGUUGCACAGGGCGGACAUACGCGCGGCAACACGAGGCUUCCUUAGGAAUUGUGAGAGUGUACAGAGGUGUUCACGUCAAGAACUUGUACAGACAUUCUGCAGACGAAUGUUGCACAUAUUUGAUUUCUUUUGGGGCGGAGAGGGGUGGGAAGAUGGGCGCGGUGGCAAUCCGUGCGGGUGGUAUACGUGCACAGCGCGAUGGUGAGGGCAGGCUGCAGGCAAGGGUUGCGGGGCGGAGGACAGGGUUUCCACCUCGGAGGUCCCGUUGACUGUGCGGGUUUCGGCAUACCAGGGGUAGAGUACGGUAGUGCGAGGGGAGAAGCGCCGUGCAGUUGUGCGCAGCGGCAUGCGCUCACGGGCCGUGAGUCACGGCGCGUUAUUGUGGGUGGCGCAGUACCAUGCAUGUAACUCACAUCCGGU